UUGUAGGAAAUCUGAAAAUGCCGCGAGUAAACAGAAAUUAAGUGAAGUUCAGCCACGACGUUGCUCACUCCAGAAGUGUCUAGAUUCCUCGAAGAAAUGAAUUCCAUCAAGGCUAUUUGCUGUAUAGGUGCUGGCUAUGUUGGCGGCCCAACAUGCAGUGUCAUCGCGCUAAAAUGCCCUGAGAUUAAAGUCACCGUAGUCGACUUGAGUAAGCCCAGAAUCGACGCGUGGAAUUCGGAAAAAUUACCGAUCUUUGAGCCUGGCCUUGAUGAGAUUGUAAAGCAGUGUCGUGGCAAAAACCUGUUCUUUUCAACAGAUAUCGAUAGCGCGAUUCGCGAAGCCGAUUUAAUAUUCAUUUGUGUUAACACUCCGACGAAAACGUUUGGUUUGGGAAAGGGUCGUGCACCAGAUUUGAAGUACAUAGAAUCAGCAGCUAGACAUAUUGCCGUGGUUGCCGAUGGUGAGAAAAUUGUUGUAGAAAAGAGUACAGUCCCUGUAAGGGCAGCAGAAAGCAUCACAAGAAUAUUUGAUGCAAAUGGAAGCAGGGGAAAGUUCCAGGUUUUGUCCAAUCCAGAGUUUUUGGCUGAGGGUACAGCCAUUAAAGAUUUGAUGGAGCCUGACAGGGUUUUGAUAGGGGGUGAGCAAACUAGGGAAGGGUACAAGGCAAUUGAAGCAUUGUCAGCAGUUUACGAGCACUGGAUUCCUAAAGAGAGUAUUAUAAAAACCAACACAUGGUCCUCGGAACUCUCAAAGCUGGCAGCCAAUGCCUUUCUAGCACAGCGAAUCUCCAGCAUCAAUGCCAUGAGUGCAAUCUGCGAGGCCACUGGUGCAGAUGUGUCUGAAGUAGCUAGUGCAAUUGGACGAGACACCAGGAUAGGAAGUCAUUUUCUGAGAGCUUCAGUUGGCUUUGGUGGAAGCUGCUUCCAGAAAGAUGUCCUCAAUCUUGUCUACCUUUCUGAAGCUCUGAACUUGCCUGAAGUUGCAAACUACUGGUACCAAGUUAUUGCAAUGAAUGAGUAUCAGAGACGGCGAUUUGCAAGUAGAAUUGUGCACUGCUUGUUUAACACCGUUACUGAUAAGAAGAUUGCACUGUUUGGAUUUGCCUUUAAGAAGAAUACAGGGGACACCAGGGAGUCGGCGAGCAUUUAUAUCUGCAAAUAUCUGAUGGAUGAAGGAGCACGCAUAACAGUGUAUGAUCCCAAAGUUGAAAAGGAUCAAAUCGUUUUGGAGCUAACACACCCAUCAAUUUCAGAAGAUCCAGAAAGAGUGGAACGUUUGAUAACAAUUGCUAAUGAUCCUUACAAGGCUGUUGAGAGUGCGCAUGCGCUGGUCAUCUGUACAGAGUGGGAUGAAUUCAAGACAUAUGACUACAAACGUAUUUAUGACAGUAUGCUGAAGCCAGCGUUUGCUUUUGAUGGCCGAAUGAUCCUGGAUCACUGCCACCUGCAUGAGAUUGGAUUCCAAGUGGAAACCAUCGGCAAAGUCAUUUCUUCCGGUUAUAUGCUGCCGCUAACUCCCCCAAUAGCACCCCCUAAAGAAGAGAAAUGAACUACGUACUCUACCAUUCCCGAAGAAAAGUGAAUAUUAGUAAGCAAUUAUCUUUGAGGGGUUGUCUAUUCAAACAAAUGUUUUAAAUAAUAUUUUCUCAUAAUAAUUUGCAUGUGAGGUAUGGUAAUGUUGUUACGAUAGUUUUCACGUAGCAUACCAAAUCCAUGUAGAUAUAUUUAACAUUUACAACGCAAGUUCAGUGUUUCUGUCAGUUGAUAGCAAUAUCAAUGUCGACCGAAAACGGAAAGGAAGCUGUAAGCACUUGCUAUUGGCACAUGCACAAGCCAUGUUUCUAUUUAACAAGUAGAUUCCAUGUUGCCGUGCGUUUGUUCAGUAAUGGAUCACAGAUGAC